GGUCCACUUUGUUCAGCCUUCCUAGGGACGGGGAAGUUAGGGAUCAAUGGUUAAAAUUUAUUUUUAACUCGGUCCCUCAAAAUUAUUACCCAAAUCUCGCUCUCUGUGCUGCUCAUUUUACGGAGGAAAGCUUCCACAAUCUUCGCGAGUUCAAUGCAGGAUUCGCCCAACGGCUUGUCCUGAAAGAUGGAGCAGUUCCAACUUUAAAAACAGAAGCUGUUUACGGGCCACAACCUACAACAUCUCAGGAGGGUUCGAGUUCCCAAGAGCUCCCCACUACAUCUACACUUCAUGAAGUUGGAUGUCAGUCAGACCCUAUAGAGACCGAAACUGUAGCCACAGAGAUAAAGCCAAAGAUGCGAUCAGUGGGCACACAACUUUCAAUGGGUACAUUGAGCAGUUUCCACUUAAGGAGCAAAGGCAUUCAGGCAACAUAUUAUGGUCAUGAUGUGGGCACCCAAACAACUGAGAUGUUUCCUGAUGUGCAGCUGUCUUCAACACCAGUAAGGGGCUCAGUCUUCAGGCCCAGUAAGAGACCUCGUCUGGUGUUAGAUGAGGAAGAAGAAUCAGAAUUAAAUGUCGAACCCACUGAUUCCACAUAUAACCCAGAUUCUGUUGUUACUGAAGAAUCAGAAUUGGCGAUAGAUCCACAGCCCGACCACAGCGAUAACAAAUACAUUGUUUUUGAAAGCUGUCUUCGAGAGCUGUUUGUGUCCUGUCCAGUUUGUAAGACAAAGUGUGUUGUCCAGAGCAGACGAAGGGGGACUUUUGUUGCAUUCACCCAGCUUUGUGAAAAGUGUAACUACUACAGACAGUGGCAGAGCCAGCCCAUUGUAGGGAGUACCCCACUUGGAAACCUGCUAUUGUCUGCUGCAACGUAUUUUACCGGUGGAUCUUUUAAACAACUAGAGAAGAUUUUCAAGGCCAUGAAGCUCCAGAUGAUGCAUUUCGUAACUUUUAGGAUUCAUGCCAGGAAUUUCAUUGAGCCUACCAUAAUACACAAGUGGAAGCAAGAUCAACUGAAUCUUAUAAGACAGCUGCAAGAGGGAGGAAAUGUUGCUGUGGCUGGAGAUAUGCGUGCUGACACGCCAGGACACUCAGCAAAAUUUGGCAGCUACACCAUUAUGCACAUGGAAACCAACAAAAUUCUGGAUCUUCAACUAGUUCAGAGCAACGGGGUUGGUGGAAGUUAUCAUAUGGAAAAGGAGGGAUUGAAGCGUUGUCUCGAUAAGCUCGAGUCUAAUGGUUUAGCUGUUGACUACAUCGUCACCGAUCGCCAUCCGCAGAUUCAGAAGUACCUGAGGGACCUCAAUAUCACUCAGUUCUAUGACGUGUGGCACUUUGAGAAAGGUUUUUCUAAGAAACUUGACAAACUUUCAAAAAUGAAGGACUGUGAGGUGCUGAAAAAAUGGUUGCACAGCAUCAAAAACCAUGUUUACUGGAGUGCGAUUUCCUCUGAGUCUGGGCCAGAAAAGGUGGCGAAGGGGAAUUCACUGCAGAACCACAUCCAAAAUGUACAUGUUCAUGAGAACCACCUCUUCCCCAAGUGUGAACACCCAGACAAAGUUUCCAGGGAUCCAAAAAAUGGAUCCAACCAGGUAUGA